UUGACAGGCUCUCAUAGUUCCCUUUAUUAUAUAUAUUAUCAGCAAGAAACGUUUUCAACUAAGAGUUGAAGAUGCUGGAGAUCCAAUCGGGUUGUCACACAGUCAGGUCCCAUGGAAUCAAAGUGGCAAGAGUACACAUCUAUGACUGGUUGAUCCUCUUUGUUCUUGUGGUAAUAGAUAUCAUAUUGAACGUCGUAGAACCAUUUCAUCGUUUUGUUGGAGAGGACAUGAUGACAGACUUGAAGUACCCCCUGCGGCAAAACACUGUUCCCUUCUGGGCUGUUCCAGUUAUUGCGAUGCUUCUGCCAAUUGCUGUUUUUCUGAUAUUAUACUUCAUCAGAAGGGAUAUUUAUGACCUGCACCAUGCCAUAAUGGGUCUCCUGUUUUCUAUCCUUAUCACUGGAGUUAUAACUGACGCAAUCAAAAAUGCUGUUGGCCGACCUCGACCAGAUUUUUUCUGGCGUUGCUUUCCUGAUGGUCAAGGGGUGUUUGACCCCGUCACAUGGGGUGUAAUUUGUACCGGAGAUAAGGCUGUCAUCAAAGAAGGACAUAAAAGUUUUCCAAGCGGGCAUACCUCAUGGACCUUUGCUGGACUGGUUUUUUUCGCGUGGUAUUUGUCAGGGAAAAUCAGGGUGUUCGAUCGUAGAGGCCAUAUUGCGAAGCUUUGUCUUGUUCUUCUCCCGUUACUUUCAGCAGCUCUUGUAGGAGUUUCUCGAGUUGCUGACUACUGGCAUCAUUGGCAAGAUGUAUUUACUGGGGCUCUUCUCGGAACAGUCGUUGCUUCAUUUUGUUACUUGCAGUACUUUCCGCCUCCACACGAUGUAAACGGUUGGGGGCCUUACGCUUACUUCCAGAUGUUGAAAGAAUCUCAGAAUGACCUUCAGUCAUCGACGAGCACAAACCAGAGAGAACACCAAUCAGAGCUCGAGAGUGUGUACAUUGAUUCUCAACAUGGAAUGGAAAUGUCAAAUGGCAACAUUAGGGAUACAAGCGCUGUACUAGAUAGGGUGGAGAGCGACUGGAGGCACUGACUUUGGGCUUCAACUUCGAGUACACAUAGAAUCUCUAGUUUUCAUCAGUACAUAUGGAAAAGUACACAUCAAAAAUAAAAUUCUGUUUCUCUAAUUCCUCUGGAUGUUUGGGAGUGCACGGUUUAAUUUUCGACUGCCAGGUUCUGGUUGUCUUCUA